CUGCCUGUCUGUCUAGUGGAGAAGCGGAGUCGUGGAGCUCGGAUGGGAUAGUCUACUCUCCCGAUGCUAGUGGAGUGAAGGUGUAUCUUUCGGAUAAUAUGCUACGGAUCACUCUAGAAAAAAGACGUCGCCGAUUCAGUUCCAUCUGAAAUAGGCUACACCGGUGACGGAUAUCCAAGCGGAUUGCCUCGUGAUUCCAGCAUUGAUGGCAAGAAAAUAAUAUUCCCCAAAACAAGACGCGGCUUCUGUGGUCAACCUGUCUGCGAAUGCACCCUACAAAUUAAAACGCGCAUUUCAAUAUUUUACCCCACAUUCAUACAACAAGUUUCAGCGAUCUUUACUUGUUUUUUUGGACCUUUGCAUUUUCCCCUUCAGCCAUGGACGAAGACAAUCAAGUACCUGAAGACCUUUCCUUGGAAGAGAGAGAUGAGCUGUCAAACAUACGACGCAGGAAAAAAGAGCUACUGGAUGACAUUGAGCGGUUGAAGUUUGAGAUUGCAGAGGUGAUGACUGAGAUCGAGCAGCUAACCUGCGUGGGAGAGAGUAAAACAACACAAAGAAAUAAACAGAUCGCCAUGGGAAGGAAGAAAUUCAACAUGGACCCCAAAAAGGGGAUCCAGUUUCUGUUGGAGAACGACCUUCUCCAACACACUCCUGAGGACGUAUCCCAGUUCCUCUACAAAGGAGAGGGCCUCAACAAAACUGUCAUAGGGGACUACUUAGGAGAGAGGGACGACUUCAACCUCAAGGUGUUGCAGGCGUUCGUAGACCUUCAUGAGUUUGCAGAUCUCAACCUCGUACAGGCUUUACGACAGUUUCUGUGGAGUUUCAGACUGCCUGGUGAGGCUCAGAAGAUCGAUCGUAUGAUGGAGGCCUUCGCUUCGCGGUACUGCUCCUGCAACCCCGGUGUCUUCCAAUCCACAGACACAUGUUAUGUCCUGUCCUUCGCCAUCAUCAUGUUGAAUACCAGCCUCCACAACCCCAACGUCAGAGACAAGCCCCCCGUAGAGAGAUUCAUCUCCAUGAACAGGGGCAUCAACGAGGGAGGAGACCUGCCAGAGGACCUACUCAGGAAUCUCUAUGAGAGCAUUAAGAGUGAACCCUUUAAGAUCCCAGAGGAUGAUGGGAACGACCUAACUCACACGUUCUUCAACCCAGACAGAGAGGGAUGGCUGCUCAAACUGGGGGGAAGAGUGAAGACCUGGAAGAGAAGGUGGUUCAUUCUGACAGACAACUGCCUGUACUACUUUGAGUACACAACAGAUAAGGAGCCUCGUGGGAUCAUCCCCUUAGAGAACCUCAGUAUCAGAGAGGUAGAGGAACCCAGGAAACCAAACUGCUUCGAGCUCUACAACCCCAACCACAAGGGUUCGGUGAUCAAGGCGUGUAAGACGGAGGCGGACGGCCGGGUCGUCGAGGGCAACCACACGGUGUACAGGAUAUCGGCGCCCACGACUGAGGAGAAGGAGGAGUGGAUCAAGUCCAUCAAGGCGAGCAUCAGCAGGGAUCCCUUCUAUGAUAUGUUGGCCACCAGGAAAAGACGGAUUGCCAACAAGAAGUGAGCAGGGACACCCCAAACUGGGACACCCCUCAUCCCAGGACACCCCUCAUCCCAGGACAUCCCAAACUGGGACACCCCAAACCCCCCUUCCUCAGCCCACCAAUCCUCUUCCCCAGACAGACCUUACUCAUGAAGUUAAACACCCCUUCCACACUCCUCCCCCCUCCACCCUCACCCAUCAAUCCCUCCCUCCACUCCCAUGGACAGACUCCACUCAUGAAAUUCCCUCCCUACUAUCCCUCUCCCCCUGGACCCCCAGAGCCCAACUUGUCACUAGAGAGAUGAUGGCCAACCAAAGAUAGCCAUCUGACCCUUCAGACCCUGAUAGAACUCGCACCCAGUCUUGAAGACAACGAGGACAGUCUCCGGUCUUGAAGACAACCCCCGUCCCCAUUCUGGACACUACCCCAGCCCUGGCUGCAGUACCAGGGGUUGGAGUUACAGGGACAUGACGUCCCAGGACUAAAGCAGAGGACCAACACAGGGAGACAUCCCUCUAUAGGACCAGUGUGGUUCAGCCACACUACAGAUUACCGAGUGAAGCCAGUGGGAUGUAUUAACAUGUAUUAACACACAUUCUCUCUCUCUCUCUCUCUGUCUCUCUCAUCUCUUUACUCCCCCACACUGCCCUCCUGUGUUCCCCACAUUCGUUCUGAUUACGUCCAUGUGUUUCUAGCAGGGGUUGGAGCAGAAAUUAUUUCCCAAUCGUUCCAUUCCGAGCAGAAACCCUAUUUUUUUCAUUCCGUUACAGUGUUCCGACCAGAAAAUACAGUUCUGAACCAGUUCCAACCAUCAAAAAGUAACAGCUUAUAUAUAUCCUUUUCAUAAAAUGUUUAACCUGUGAAAUCAACAUAUGCAUUUAGCAAAUUUUUACUCCAACAAUUUUUACUCCACCAAUUAGUGCCGAUAGAGCAGCUUGCUAUGGAACGGGUUAGAUUGUUGUUUACAUUUCUAUUUGGUCACAUAAGUGCAGGUGUGAGAUGUGACUGAAAUGUAAUGGGUGGGGCAAGAAUGAGAGAGAGAGAGAGAGGGGGCUUGGCUUGAAGCUCUAAACAUCAUAACAGGUCUUAAAUUAGAAUGAGUGUAGGGUAUUACUAGCCUUAUACACCGAAUUACAGAAUAUUAUAUACUAGAAUUUAUAUUUAUUUAUUUUUGGAACUCAAAAGAACAUUGGUUCUCAAGAUUUGAAAAUAACAGUUAUGUCCCGGAACACUAGGGAUCACUUUUGUACAUGGUUCUGUUUCUGUUCCUCAAAACAUGUAUUUAUUUUUCUGUUCUGUUCCCUGAACUGGUUCCAACCCCUGCUUUCUAGGUCUUCUGCAUUUGGGUGACUUGAAAAGCAAAACUGCAAUUUUUCACAUACACAUGCAUGUAUGUCUGUUUAUAGAUAUACCAUAAAGUGCAUUUAGAAGUGGGUGUGCUAACUUGUGUGUGUAUCUACACAGUAUAUAUGCAUGUAUGUAUGUAAACACAGUAGUGCGCAAGCCAAGAGCAGACAUUAAACACAACGACUGUCUUAAUGUCAUCUCUGACAUCCAUUAUACAGAAAGGUUUGUGUGUGAUCAUUUAUGAAGAUGGUAGAAAAACCGAGUUCCUCUUGUGAAUGUUCAGGUGGAUGGAGAGACAUGGCAGAAAGAGGAGAGUGAGAGAUGGAGUGAGUGUAUCAGAGAGGGAGGGAGAGAAAGUUCCAGGGCUGCAGUAACCGUACAUGAACAUGUGACCUGACCAGGAACAAAUCUGGGCCUUACACUCCUGGCCCUAAACAUAAACCAUGUAAUCAUCCCACUAUGGUGCUCAACUCUUUUUCCCAGGUGCCAUUGCAGCAGUUCUGCUGCAACCUCAGAAUACAACGCUAGGUUAGUGCUGAAAUUAGGAAGACAAAAUCUAGAAAAACUACAACAUUAAAGUCUUGAGUCAGCUGGACUGAUUCCAAACAUUGUGCGGACCACAGAAUAUUAAAAUGUGCAUACUUUUAACUUUGUUUGUGAAUUAUAGGGGUGGUUACAUGGACCUAUAUUUAGCCUACGAUUGGAGUUACUCCAUUUUCAAUGGCGUGUCUGCAAUGCAAUUGAACGUCCUUUUAAAAUGUGUUGUAGUCUAAGAGAAUGCUUGAAUAUGGGUUUGUGAAACAGCCCAAUAAGGGUACCAGUCAUUUGAAGCUUUUCUUUCAGUGUCUCGAGGUCCAACAGAGCCAGUGAGGGGCGAUGCAUUGAUGUGACCCAUAUGCUUUUCAUUUGUAACCUAAGAUCCUUGCUUGCUUUUUGUGUUCCCCUUACAAAAUAUAAUCUAUUAUCUUGUUUGUAUUUAUUUUCUUUGUCAAAUGGUUCCAUUCUGUCCGUAAGCGUUAACUAAAGACUUAAGUUAUGUAUAUGUAAAUAAUGUAGAGGUUUUAUGGGUCUCCUUUUUGUUGUUGUAUGAAUACUCUGAAACAUGUUACACCUACUGGUUGUACUUUGCAUCAGGUCAGUUUGAGGUCUUCUGUACACAAGUCAAAAAUAUGAUCAUAAACAAAUACUAUAUAACGUGAUGUCAGGAAUGAUGAUAAGGCAGAUGUUGAGGAUGAAUAGGAUAUGGGUGGCAGUAAUAUUGAUGGUGAUGAUGAUAAGGCAGAUGUUGAGGAUAAAUAGGAUAUGGGUGGCAGUAAUAUUGAUGGUGAUGAUGAUAAGGCAGAUGUUGAGGAUAAAUAGGAUAUGGGUGGCAGUAAUAUUGAUGGUGAUGAUGAUAAGGCAGAUGUUGAGGAUAAAUAGGAUAUGGGUGGCAGUAAUAUUGAUGAUGAUGAAAAUGAUGAUGUCCGAACUAUAAUGCUGACUGAUGAAGUUGAAUCCAGUAGUUUUUCUAUGUGUUUGUAAGAUAUGACCCCUGAUCUCAGGGCAGAAUAUGACCUACUACUGCCCAUUGUGUGGGGCUAUAGCUAAAUGAACUUUUAUAUCUCUGUAAAAGCUAUUGGUCACAUUGUACAUUACGUGGAAAGCUACAUAAAGUAUACAAAGACUA